AUGAUAAAUUAAGAUAGUGCAGAUCUUGAAAUCUAACAAGAAGGAUUUGAUUUUUAGAAGUUAUUUGAAAAAAGAUACUCCAAUUAAGAAUCUCGAAAGGAAGAAGUCCAUAUAUCUCAUUAGCCUCAACCCUAAUAACAUUGUUAAGGAGAUACUUUGCAAGCCUUAGUCAAGAACAUUAAAAUAGAAAAGUAAGUUGCAGGUAGAAACAAAAAAAAUAAAAAGAUUCAAUGGAAUGAGAAGAACACUAAAAUAUUCAACGAUCUCUAUUAAUAAUAUUCAGGUAAUUUAGAUCAAAUCCUUUUAUACUUUUAACAAAAUAAUGAAUUAAAUACAAAAAUUGAUAUUAAAUAAAUUAAAAAUAAAUUUAAAAUAGAGAAGAAAAAAAAAUGCUUGACUUUGUUAACUUAGUCUCAAAGAAUAUCAAAAAAUCUUAACUACUAGUUAAAGUUAGAUCAAAUAAAUUGA